AUGAUUUUGAGCUCCCCAGCCCCAGCUACAGCUCCCCAGCCCCGGCCCCAGCUACAGCUCCCCAGCCCACAACUUCAGCCUCAGCCCCAGCUACAGCUCCCCAGCCCCGGCCCCAGCUACAGCUCCCCAGCCUUAGCCCCAGCCCCAGCUACAGCUCCCCAGCCCCGGCCCCAGCUACAGCUCCCCAGCCUUAGCCCCAGCCCCAGCUACGCUCCCCAGCCCCAGCUCCCCAGCCUUAGCCCCAGCCCCAGCUACAACUCCCCAGCCCCAGCUACAGCUCACCAACCCCAGCUACAGCUCCCCAUCCUUAUCCCCAGCUCCAGCUACAGCUCCCCAGCCUCAGCUACAGCUCCCCAGCCCCAGCUACAGCUCCCCAGCCCCAGCUACAGUUACAGCUCCCCAGCCUUAGCCCCAGACCCAGCCACAGCUCCCCAGCCUCAGCCCCAGCUACAGCCCCACAGCUUCUGCCCCAGCCCCAUGCAGUCCCGGCCCAGCACCAAGCCCCAGCCCAGGCUGCUUUGCGGAGUCUCCAGCGACGGUUUCCAGUCCGGGGCCCGCAGAGAGGGUCCCCACACCAGAGACGCCACCAAAGCGGGGUGA